UUUGCUCCUCCAUCUCUAGCUUAUAAAGGGAGGGCAGGGCAGCCUCGGUGAGCAGAACAGCCCCACUCGCUGGGUGAGUUGGUGGGCAGGGUCCACAUGGGGAACAUCAUCAGGGCCCUCGUGGCCUUCAUCCCUGCUGACCGCUGCCAGAACUAUGUGGUCAGAGACCUCCGGGAGAUGCCGCUGGACAAGAUGGUGGAUGUGAGUGGGAGCCAGCUGCGCCGCCUCCCUGUGCACGUGUGCACCUUCAGAGAGCUGGUCAAGCUCUACCUGAGUGAUAAUCAUCUCAACAGCCUGCCUCCAGAGCUGGGUCAGCUACAGAACCUGCAGAUCCUGGCCUUGGAUUUCAACAACUUCAAAGCUCUGCCCCAGGUAGUGUGCACCUUGAAACAGCUCUGCAUUCUCUACCUGGGCAACAACAAACUGUGUGACCUUCCCAAAGAGCUGAGCCUGCUCCAGAACCUCCGGACCCUGUGGAUCGAAGCCAACUGCCUUACCCAACUGCCAGAUGUGGUGUGUGAGCUGAGUCUCCUUAAGACUUUGCAUGCGGGUUCCAAUGCCUUGCGUCUGCUGCCAGGCCAGUUCCGGUGCCUCCAUGAGCUUAGGACCAUCUGGCUCUCAGGUAACCUGCUGGUUGACUUCCCCCCAGUACUGCUUCACAUGCCCUUCCUGGAGGUGAUUGAUGUGGACCGGAACAGCAUCCGUUACUUCCCCAGCCUGACCCACUUGUCAAGUCUGAAGGUGGUCAUAUAUGAUCACAAUCCUUGCAGGAACGCACCCAAAGUGGGCAAAGGUGUGCGACGUGUGGGAAGAUGGGCAGAGGAGACACCAGAGCCUGACCCCAGAAAAGCCAGGCGUUAUGCACUGGCCACAGACGACAAUCAGGAGCCACAGGCAUCUGCCCCACCCCCUCUUCUUCCUUCUAGCUCCUAA